AUGAACGCUAGCCCACCUGCAGGAAGCGCCCUAGCCCCUGGCGGAGCCACUGGGCCCACCACACCCAAGAAGGGCCCACCCAAGUUCAAGCAGAGGCAGACCCGUACAUUCAAGAGCAAGGCUCCCAAGCCAGGCCAGAAGGGGUAAGAAGAAAGAAAAAAAAACACCUCAUGUUUAUGAAUAGAAACAUUCAAAUUGUGCUGUCUGAGUUGCUCACCUCCUUUUUUUUUCUUUUCCAGCUUUGGUGACGACAUCCCUGGCAUGGAGGGUCUUGGCACAGACAUCACAGUAGUGUGCCCAUGGGAAGCCUUUGGCGACAUGGAGCUUAGCGACUUGGCCAAAUACGGCAUCAUUUAA